AUGAUAUCCGAACAGAAUUGGCGCCCGGGAAAGAGAGUAGCUAUCGCUGGUGGGGGACCAGGAGCCAUUUCAACAGGCCUUGCCUUUCUCAAGCGUGGCUAUGACGUGCGUAUCUUUGAGCGCCAACCCGAAUGCAAGGCCAUUCGAUGGUGCUGUCCUUUUGUCGACACCAGUCUUGGCGAUUCUGCGAUCCUACGGGCUGAGCCUGGACAACAACGAGUCCAGCUCCCAUUCAACAAAGAGGUCGAACGACGCAUGGGAAUCAAAGGUUGGCAUUACGGCGUCCUGCGCUCGUCCAUUUUCAAGAAAAUACUAGAUCUCAUGCCUGAGGGUAUUACCCACGCGAGCCAUGAAGUGACCGGUUAUACCGAACUCGAAGAUGGCGUUGAGGUUGAGUUCAGAAAUGGAGCCAAGCUUACCGCCGAUAUCCUUAUUGGAGCAGAUGGAAUCCGCUCACCAAUUUCACAUCAGGCAUUUGGUGAGCCCGGCCUUUUCUACACAGGAAUUCGUCUCUGGCUCGCCUGGUGUGAUUAUAUCCCUGGUAUUCCGGAAAGCCACGGUGUCAUUUCCCACGAUUGGCAAUACCAGGCUAGUUUCUUUCCCAUGUUACAUGAUGGAAAGCCUGGGUUUGAAUGGUGGGUUGUCGAGCCAUCAUGGGAAGAAAAGCCACUACCUGAUGAUCCAAAGCAACAUCUUAGCGGUAUCUUGAAAGGUUGGCAGGAACAUGUGCCUCGCUUCCUCGAAGCCACCAAUUUCGAUACGCGGGUCUAUCGAUGGGAGAUCUACAACAGACCUUCGAUGUAG